CCCUGGUGUGGGAGAUCACCAAGCUAGUGGCUGGCGCAACCCCUUGUUCUUUGGUGGCGCUGGUGCAGAGAGACCACUUCCUGCCCCGGGACAGCAGCCUGUUGGCGCAGCUUGACCUCACCCCAGCUCUGGGAAGCAGCCUGCAGUUCUUUCCUUCUGUUCUUUGGUGCCAGAUUCACUCCUGAUGUCGUUAAGAAAGAGGAGGCGCUAUUCUGUUGGAGCUUGAGGACAUCUGGUGACUUGCCUGAGCCUUUUUUUGUUGUUGUUGUUUUGCUUCCUGUGGUCCCUGGAUGCCCAGGGCAGAUUGCCUGUUGGGAAAAGGGAGGACUCCUGGGUUGCUGGCUGACCAGCUUCAGGCGCAUAUGGCGUUCAGGGAUGUGGCUGUGGAUUUCUCCCAGGAGGAGUGGCGCCUGCUGAGUCCUGCCCAGCGGAGUCUAUACAGGGAGGUGAUGCUGGAGACCUACAGCCACCUGGUGUCUCUUGGAAUUCCAUUUUCUAAACCAAAACUCAUCACACAGCUGGAGCAGGGGAAAGAGAUGUGGCGAGAGGAGAGAAAAUGUCCACCAGCCAUCUGUCCAGCAGAACCAAAGUCAGAACUCCAGCCAGGUCCUUUCUGCCCUCCAGAUCUCUCUGCUCAGAAAUUCCCUGUGCAGCGCAUGCUGUGCAGCCAGCCCCCUUGGCUGUUAACGUGCUUUUACACAGGAAGGCCUGUCUUGCCUGGGGCUCCUUGCCCAUCGGAUCUGGAGGACCAGGAGAAGCAGCCACAAGCCUUGGAGGGGCGUGCCUGGGGUGUGGAGGCCAAGGGUGCCGACAGUGAGGCCACCAUGCCUUCCUUUGAGAAGACAAAGAGAAGGACUUUGGGCGUGGGUGUGUUCUCCAGGCCCUUGCAGGGACAGCUGGCCAGAGGCCUCCACGGGGUGGAGGUGGAGGCCAGCGCAGCUCGGCUAGGGACCCCUGAGGUUACAGACAAGUUGCUGACAAGCUUCGAGGUUUUACGGUUUGGGACAGUCAACUGCGGCGAGUGCGGCCUGGGCUUCAGCAAGAUGAGCAACCUGCUGAGCCACCAGCGCGUGCACGCGGGCGCCAAGCCGUAUGUGUGUGGGGUGUGCGAGAAGGGUUUCAGCCUGAAGAAGAGCCUGGCCCGGCACCAGAAGGCGCACUCCGGGGAGAAGCCCAUCGUGUGCGGCGAGUGCGGCCGUGGCUUCAACCGCAAGUCCACGCUGGUCAUCCAUGAGCGCACACAUUCGGGGGAGAAGCCGUACGCGUGUGGGGAGUGCGGGCGCGGCUUCAGCCAGAAGUCCAACCUCAUCAUCCACCAGCGCACACACUCAGGCGAGAAGCCCUAUGUGUGCCGCGAGUGUGGCAAGGGCUUCAGCCAGAAGUCGGCUGUGGUCAGGCACCAGCGCACGCAUCUCGAGGAGAAGACCAUCGUGUGCGGCGACUGUGGCCUGGGCUUCAGCGACAGGUCUAACCUUGUCUCGCACCAGCGCACGCACUCAGGCGAGAAGCCUUACGCGUGCACGGAGUGCGGCCGUUGCUUCCGGCAGAGGACCACGCUGGUCAACCACCAGCGCACGCACUCCAAGGAGAAGCCGUACGUGUGCGGGGUGUGCGGACACAGCUUCAGCCAGAACUCCACGCUCAUCUCACACCGCCGCACGCACACUGGCGAGAAGCCCUACGUGUGCCCCGAGUGCGGCCGGGGCUUCAGCCUCAAGUCGCAUCUCAACAGGCACCGCCACACCCACUCCGGGGAGAAGCCCAUCGCGUGCAAGGACUGCGGGCGCGGCUUCAGCCAGCAGUCCAACCUGGUCCGCCACCAGCGCACGCACUCUGGGGAGAAGCCCCUGGUGUGCGAGGACUGCGGCAAAGGCUUCAGUCAGAAGUCCAACCUCAUGGCCCACCGCAGGACGCACUCGGGGGAGAAGCCAUACGUGUGCCGGGAAUGCGGCCGAGGCUUCAGCCACCAGGCAGGGCUCAUCAGGCACAAGCGGAAGCAUCUCAAGGAGAAGCCUUAUGCGUGCCGGCUCUGUGGGCUGGGCUUUGGCACCAAGUCCACUUUAAUCAGGCACAGGCGGGUGCACUCAGGAGGAAAGCCUUGCGUGUGCGCCGAGUGUGGCCAGGGCUUCUUCCGGAAGUCGCUCCUGGCUUCACACCAGCUGGCACACAAGGGGACGCCGCCUUACGCGUGUCCCGUGUGUGGGCGAGGCUUUGGGCACAGGGCUCAGCUCAGCAGGCACCGGAAGACGAGGUGUGGCCACCACAAACCCCUGUCACAGGUGGGCUCUGAGGCCCACUCCAGACAGGGCUCUGACUUCUGGGAUUCGCUUUCAAAGUGAAGGUGGUGCACAGGACUACUGGUCACUAUUUUUACACUGCCCUCAAAUGGAAUGGAAAAAGCUAUUCUGUAAGUGCUCAGAGGACACUGACUUAGUUUGCUUUCUUUCCACAAAGUCUUUUCCAUGUUUUGUGGCCUUUCGUUCUAAUAAACUGC